CUGCACCUUGUGUCUUGCUGUCACUCCCGAAGCAGUGGUAAAUUAAUUCAGCCACCAGCAAAAAAAAACAUGGCAAUCACGAUCUCUUUCUCGCGUGGUGCUAUUUCGGCCCUCCUCCUCUUGGGCUUACCUAUCGUUAAUGCCCAAUCAUCCUCCGUCGUCGUUGCUGAUGUCGAACCGGCAGCCACGGCCGUCUCACAGACCGAAGCAGCCGGUGCACCGCUCCAGUCCGCAGAGACUUUGCAGCUGACAGACGAGGUCGUGGACCGCAUUGUGAGCGACGAGGCCACCUCCGAAUAUGCGGCUUACUUCGCUUUUGAAGACAGCGCCGUCUCUGAUGAAAACCGCCGACGCACAACACAAUCCUGCAAGACUUUUCCAGGUGACUGGAACUGGCCUGCAGGCAUCGUCUGGGAGAUCUUCGACCUGCUCUUAGGGAAGGCUUUGAUUCCCACCAAGCCGUUGGGUGCGCCUUGCUAUGACUCCCAGUGGGGCAAAAAGGACACGGCCAAGUGUGCAAACAUUGUCAGUAACAUGACGAAUGCGAACUUCAUCAGCGCCGACCCUACUGCAAAUUACUGGCCCAUCUUCCAAGGUCGUACUUGCCAACCAAAGAGUGAUACCGCUGGCUCAAAAUGCACCAUUGGUGGCUACCCAGAGUAUGCCAUCAGCGUCAGGAAUGUUGCGCAGAUUCAGCUUGCUAUUAACUUUGCCCGCGUGGCUAACCUACGUCUGGUUAUCAAGAACACUGGUCACUGCUAUUUGGGCAAAUCGCUCGGGGCUGGUGCACUCAGCUUGUGGACGCACAACAUGAAGGACAUCGACUUCCUGCCCAACUACAAAGGCCCUGGUUACUCUGGUCCCGCUCUGAAGCUCGGUGCCGGUGUGAGUGUGAGAGAAGUGUAUGAAGCUGCUGAGAAGAACGGUGUCACUGUUCUCGGUGCUGUCUCAUGGAGCGUUGGAUAUGCUGGCGGUAUGAUCACGGGUGGAGGACAAAACCCGCUCGCUGGUAUCUAUGGUAUGGCGGCCGAUCAUGUGGUAGCUUUCCAGAUCGUAACAGCUGAUGGGCGUCUACGGACUGUUUCUGAGGAUGAAAACCCCGAUCUGUUCUGGGCUCUCCGUGGAGGUGGUGGAGGUACCUUUGGUGUCAUCACAUCUGUCAUCAUUCGCGCACAUCCCAAGAUGAACGUCGUCACUGCCAAAUGGGUACUCGACACCAGCAACAACAACCUCGAGAAAUACUGGAUGGCCGUAAGGAAGUUCUACGACGAAUUCCUCAAUUGGACCGAUGAGGGUCUCUACUCCUUCUACAUCAUGUGGCCUACCCCUCAACUCAGCAUGAACUACAUGUUCGCUCCCAACCAUACUCUUGAAUCGUACAACAAGGUGGUGGCGCCGUUCUUCGAUUUCUUGAAGGAGAACAACGUCUCUUUGUCUACGCCACACACUACUACUGCUCACAAUUCGUUCUACUCCGCCUAUCAAAGCACUUGGGGUGGAAACAACUUCCCCAUUGGCGUGGACAACUCCAUUCCUGCCAAUCGCUUAGUGCCUCGCCGCAACUUCGUCGAGAAGUACGAAGAGACGUAUGCUCUCAUCAAGGAGCAUGUCUCUUCCGGAAAACACUUCCUCGGCUACCACAACGCCCCUAGCAACGCAGGUCCACACAUUGCCAACCAGGACAACGCUGUUUCGCCUGCGUGGAGAGAAACUGUCUUCUUUCUCGUAACAUCUUCCAACCGCUCUGAGCCCCAUGCUACUCCCAAGGAUCUCGCAGCAAGAAGUAAGCAUCUUCAAGAGGAAAUUCUCCAGCCAUGGCGCGACAUAUCACCCGUAAGCGAGGGUGGUGGCACCUACCUAAAUGAAGCCGCCGUUGAUGAGGCUGACUGGCAGGAGAGCUUCUAUGGUGGCUAUUACCCUAGGCUCAGUGAGAUCAAGCGUAAAUACGACCCUAAUGAUGUAUUCUACGCUGUGACUGCGGUGGGCAGUGAGAGAUGGCAGGUCCUCGAUGGGGAGCAGGGUACACAGACGCAGAACGGCAAGCUUUGUCGUGUAUAG